AAUUUUUUUAUCCGUUUUCGCAAAUAGACUUCUACCCUGCACGUCCAUAAUGAAGUUGUACGUAUUCAUUGCGGUUCUGGUAGCUGCCGUCGUGAUAACUGACUGCAGUCACACGUUCCUGGGCACCAAUGUACUGCGUCAGCAGAUCUUCCACCGCAACGUCAAGUACAGCUCCUAUCUCUUCCAGAAGCGCGUUGAGUAUCUGAACUUUACUGUACCUAAUAGAUUUGGCUACUCAAGUUCCAUUCAGGGUAUCCUCGCCUACGACAAACUUGAUUCCUCUGCAUCCGCCAACGUGACAGCUGGCGGCCUGGGCUUCAACUACCUGUCCCUGCGUAUGAAGAGCGAACGCGGUCGUGGCCUCAGUUACGACGUCUACAUUUUCGCUUAAAACAACAAAUUUGGCCUCACCAAACUCCCUUGUAAGACCCCUUUAGCAAGGCUUUUAGUAUUGCUUGGUGAGUCAAAAACUUUGUAAGUGAUGUACACAUAAUUAAAGAUUUAAUGUGACAAAAA